GUGCUGAAUCUCAGAACAGAAACAGCUUCAGCUUCAGUGAUGAGAGGCUAGAUUCACCCCCCAUGCUCUCCCCUGCCACCACCUCUCCACCUCUGAUGUCACCCAAGCCCAAACUGGGUGACACCAAAGAACUAGAAGACUUCAUUGCUGACCUUGACCGAACAUUAGAGAGCAUGUGACACCAGGGCUUUCAGUCUUCUUGGAUUGUAGCCAUAAUGGAAGGAGGGCCUGUAUGUUUGGACCCCCAUAGAGCAGUUAAAAGGCCACCUAACAGAGUGCAGCUGGAUGAUGCAGCAGCUGCUGAGGUCCACCACCACAGCAUCAGAUGAACUCCGCCUCAGACCACACAACCACCAAACUUUAACAACUGGACGAAAAGUUAGAAACAUCUCUUCAGCCAUGAACACAUGGCCUGAAAUGUUUUAGGAGAUAAGAUGUGAGCCACAUGUCAGUCACUGAAAGACUCAUCAAAUACGCAAAACCUCCCACCACGCGAACUGAUCCCUACUCCCUCGUCCAAACUUCUGCAGGACGAUAAUUUAAAAAGGCUUUUUAAAACUUUUUUUGUUCGUGUUUCAUGUUGUAAAUGUAUCACUUUUGUUAUGAAAUAUAUUUUUGUAUCAUAUGUAAAUAAUCAUUUUAAAUUCUAUUUGCGUUUCAUGGACAGUCAGGUUUUAAAUUGUCACGUUGAAUGAAGUUAAUUUAAUGUGAACUGAAAACCUCAUCUGGAAAGCAAUACUUGUGUUUAAAACUGCUAACACCUGUCAUAAAUAACAUUAAGUACAAACUGUUGCUUGUUGAGUCAUGUCUCGUCUCCUUUAUUACUUCAUAUUUCC